CAUAUAUCUGCGACUAUGUAAAGCCUGCGGCCCGGCCUCUUUCAGUACAGCCAGCCAGGGCCUACUGCGACGUCUACGACUCUUUUCUUGGUAUAAAACAAUUUACGAGGAGCCGCUUUUCUCUUCUUCGUUCCAAAAAAAAAAAAUCUAAAAUAAAAAAUAAAAAUAAAAAAUAAAAAUUUAAAAAAGUAAAUAUAACAAAUAAAUAAAACGUGAUAUGAUCAUAUGAAUUAUCCUCUUAUGCAUUCUGCGUCAUUUGGAAUUACGGUAAAGAACAAUACGAUUGAUCUACGAUACUACCUACUACUACCUACCCCUUUGGUCGAUCUGAUCCGGUCGAUCUGAUCCUUACUUACUCUAUAGAUUCUAAAGAUUCGGCCUUUUUAUUUAUGUAAGAUUUACGAAUUAUUUUUAUUUUUAUUGAUUUUCAUUUUUUAUUUGUUUAUUUAUUUAUUUAUUUAUCGUAUGCUUUUGCCUAUGUGUUUAUAAAAGACUUAUUUAUUCAGUGUUGCUUAUUAUUUGCACAUUUGACUUGACUAGACUAGAUUCUUCUUGAAUCUUGGAGUCUUUCUUUCUCUUUCCUUCCUUCUCAUCACUUUUCAUCGCUAAAAGCAUAUCCUUUUAUUUAUACAAGCAUAUAUCCUUAAAACAUCCCACUCUCCACCGUCAUACCCUUUCUCUCAUCUCAUCUGUCUACGUUAUUCUGUUCUCCCUUGGGUUGCCUCCUUUUCUUUUUGGAGUUUUAUUUUGGCAUUUUCAUUUUUAUUCUCUUUUUCAAAUUCCCUAUUUCCUCUCUUUCCUCUUCUCCAAAUCUCUGCACUAUGUCUGGUCGUCAUCAUUGUUCGGCUGACUGCGAUGACCAUCCUUUCGAAUCUGGACCCAAUGAUACCCUCUACACUUGUAUCGACAAAGAUGCCAUCGUCACUUUAAACGAGGCCGAACAGGAUACCGGUAAACAAGUCUUUAAGCCCUGGGACCAGCGCUUCGAUGACUCGGUCAUUGUCGAAAGCGACGUCGACGAUCAACUCUUGUUUCAUAUUCCCUUUACCGGUUCUGCAACCCUCCGUUCCUUGCUUGUUCGUAUUUUUCCCGAUUCUUCCGCUCCUCAUUCCGUCUCUUUAUAUCCUAACCGUUCUGACUUGGAUUUCACUGCCGUCCAAGACUCAAAACCCACCGAAUCUUUCGAGUUUCCUCUUUCUUUCUCCGGUAAUCAAAUUUUCGAAUUCCCCGUCAAAACCCGUCUUUACCAAAAUUUGCGCAAUUUAAAUCUCUUCUUCUCUAGAAACGACGGUUCCGAUGACCCCAUUCAAAUCGCCUACAUAGGUCUUCGAGGCUCUUUUGUCCCUUUCAAGGGAAAUCCCAUCAUCACUAUUUAUGAGUCUGCUCCCAACCCCGCCGACCAUCCUCAAGUAAAUCAAGAAGAAGUCUAUCGUUCAAUUUCUUGAUUCUCUCUCCUCAUACCUUUCUUACCAUUGUACAAUUCUUCAUGUUUUUUCUGCCAUUUCCAUCCAUCCACCUUGUUUAUACUCGUCACGAUUUCUCUCUCAAGUAAGAAACAUAAAUCAAUAUUAUUUUUACAUAAGAGUUGAUAAAUUCCGUAUUCUUUAUAUAGUUCAAAUUUAGAUGGUUCUUCUUCUUUUUAUCCUCAAGUAACUUUCUUGGCAAGAAAUUCUCAUUUCACUCCUCAUCCCGUAUCUUCUUUUUCUUGGUUCUCUUUUUUUUUGGAGGGUUUCUGUUUUACUACUUCUUUGUAUACAUUCGACAUUGCCGCCUUCGUUUCUUAUCCUUUGGUAAUUCGAAACUUCUCCUCAGCUUCAUCCGUAAAUCUGGUAUAGCAUAAUUUACAGAUUUUACUGCCCGUCUCCUCCGUCCCGUUCUUCUCAUCGUCACUGUACCAGUAGACUCCAUCUCGCAGUCGCCAUUGUCUGCUUCGUUAUCAUUUUUACCUUCAAAGUCAGUGACACUAUCAAAAGCUUUAGAAGGAAUACAAACACGAACAUUUGAAGGCUUUGAAUUCACCUGUUCUUUCAUUACCUCUUUUCCCAACGGGAAUUUUGUUUCAUUUUGUGAGAACUCCUUCUCACUCUCUUUACUGUUGUUCAUGCUUUCAAUAUCAUGAGUUGGUGGUUUCAUUUUCUUUAGCAUGGUUUUUGAGUUUGAUGCACACGUGUUGGUUUUAUCAGCAAGAAUGCAUUUACUUGGUAAUUUUGGUAACGGUGGAAAUUUGCUCUUGCGUCCUGGCAAGUUCAUUCCUGGUGGAUUUUCCAGGUCUGGGACUGAAAAAUCUUUGAACACGGGGUAUCUAGUCCUCCGAACAAAAUGUCCUUUCGUCUCAUCAACGCCAUCAUUUAAUGUAGAUGAGGUAUUCGUAAAUGAUUCUAUAGCCGCACUAGGUGGAAGUAUUCUUUCAUCAAUUUCCAUCAUAAGAUGAUGGACUUCUGAAAGUUUGUUUCGGAUCUUUUGAAAAUCUUGGAAAUAUUGACGAUAAAGACUUUCUGACUGACUAUACAUUUGAACCCUUGAUUCCAAUUUGAUGAGAUUAUUCUUCAAUUGACAAUUAUCUUGCAACAGUUUUUCCAUUUCUAUUUCUGACUGGCUCAAUUUAGCUGAUAAUUGUGUGUUUACUCUGAUCAUUAGACUCAAGAACCUGGUAUGAAGCGUUGAUUAUGAUUUUUGCAUUCUUACCUGAUAAUUUCACGGUUUUGCUUCAGGAACCGCUUUUUCAAUGAUUCUAUAAAUAGAAUGUCUUCUUCUUUUGCACAUUGUACAGGAACAGACUUAUCCAUUUUUGUUUGUUGUGGUAUGGAAAGGAGAAACUUGAAAUCUUGGAUAUGUAAACAAACAUGGAAUUACGCAAGAAAAUACAUCCCUUCAGAAAACAUAUAUUACGGACGAAAGACUUCAUUCAUUAAGAAACAAAAAAAAAAGAAACUAAAAUAAAAGAAUAAAAGACUUAACGGUCCUUCUAGUUAAUCUAUAUUUUACUCUAUAUUCUACCCAACUCCAGACAAAUUGACACCUCCUCAAGUAUCAUUUCAAGUAUUUUACAUAUUUUUGAGUUGAACCUCUCAUAAUCGUUCUGAAGUGAGCUAAAUUCUGGAUCUUUUGAAAAGAAACCGAAAAAGGUAAUGGCGGAAGAUGGCUUCUUACUUUCCUUCAUUCUUUCAAAUUUUUGAUAAAACAUUGAAUAUAUUUCCUUGACGCUAAAAAGGAACGCUCCAAACACCGAGCAGAAGCUGAGCUCAAAAGACUAAAACCUUAGGUCAGAAUCAGUGGUUGACAGAACAAUAAAAAAUAUGUAUAUAUAUUUUUCUUAUAUACUGACACUGCGUUUAUGUUACUUACAAUUGGGAGCAAAGAUAGAUCCUUGUUUGUUGAUUCAUUCACGAAUGGUUUCCACAUAUUAUUAAACAUUAACUUCAAUGAAGACACAUUCUUAUCACGAAAAGAAGUUUCUUGUCUGUCAAUAAUGUAAGAUCGCUUGCAUUCUGCUGUCAAUUGUCGAAUACAUUUGACAAGCUGAUGGGUAUCCAACUUAGUGAGACGAAGCAAUUCUUGAAGAUGAUGCGCAUAGGAAAUUAAAAUCAAAUUUCUAGAUAUCUAGUUAGUCAUAAUUCUGUAUAUUUGUUCGUUGAUGCUUUCACUUAUACUGAAGUAGAAUAUGGAUACCUACCUUUUAUUAUAUCCAAUGUUCAUCAUGUAUGAAUCAAGCUCGCUCUUAUCAACUUUUAGUUCUUGCCAUUUUAUCUGCUUUCCUCUAAAAAAUCUGAAUACCCAAUGUUAGCUGAACGUAUCAUUAGGAAACAAAGGCAAGGCAUUUAUUUUUAACCACCCAUAAGUGUCAGUCGACAUAACAUACACUCUAUAUAAGUCUAAUAACUGUGUUUCAUCUUCUUUAAUUUGCUGUAAAAGUGCUAUCAUAGAGUGCAUCUCUUCAUUCUACACUUGGGUUCUUUUCAACUGUUUAUUUGUGACCCGCAAAAUUUGUUAGGAGUGUGGUAUGGUGUUCAGUAUUGAAUUACACGAAUGUAUACCCAAACCCGAGAAGAAUUUCUUUGUACUGCUUACAACUAUAUCCACUGUAAUUAAAUAGUUAAAUAUUAAUAGUGAAACAAUGUGAAUCGACUGAGUUGCACUCAGCUUAGUAAUGUUCUCAAGUUCACAGCGA